UGGAAAAUCAACUGAUUCAGUCAGUCAGUGACUUUGGUACGAAGUUUUUCGAUAGUUUUGCUGGUGCGCCGUUGCACACAUUUGAUUUCGGUCGCGUACAAUUGCACGUGUGCUUUUUAGCGGACUUUUCUUUUCAUAAAUACAAUUUCGAUUUAAGUUGCGCAUUUUUGGAACGGUUUUUCGUUUGUGGGGUUUUGAAUUUCGCGCGCGGAUUCUUCACCCAUUGCUGCUAUUCGGGGAAACCCCUUUUGGGCAACGUUCUCGUAUGAAAGUGACAGUUGUCGGCAACAUCCUAGAAGAGUGGAAAUAGGAUAAACCUUGUGAUACGAUACUGGAUCCAAGUUUGGGAGACAAAUUCGUGCAAUAUUACAAGAUAGGAAAUGUACAGUGAGUGAACCAUUUUUGUGUGCAAGCAGUUCCCAGAAUUUGCAGCAACAGUGGCCGAACCUUCUAAGGAUAGUGGAGUCCAUUUUGGCGCCAAACUGCUUUCAAAUCUUCACAGGCUAUUAAAAGUUAUAUUUCGCGUUUAUGCCGGAAUGAAAGUGUACGUUAGCGGCAAUUAAACUCCGUUGACCUGGGGCAACAGUUUAUGUUUCGUCUUGUGGUGCACAAUUUGUUAUGCUAAGUCUCUUCUCUCCUUGGCAUUUUUGCGCUUGGUCUUGUAUGUUACGAUUUUGUUAAAUUUAGACACGCAACGAGAUUUGCACUUUUAUUGCAAAAAAUUACCAAGUGAAAAUACUCGGUUCGGUUCAACGACGUUUGCACGAUAAUAAAAAAAGAAAUAAUUAGAUGCAAGCAAGAGUUCGUUGUAGCACUUUCACUGAUUUGUAAACAUUUUAUGUGUACAUUUUUCUAAUUUCAAGUAAAACAAAAGAAUUUGAGAAGGAAAAAAACGACGAACCAGGUGAAUUGACAAGAAACGUAAAAAUUAUCAGUAACCAGUAUCUUUCGAUGAUAUUAAACAAUAACGAAUGAAAAUCCCGUUUGAUUUAAAUAUUGAAUAUUUACGAAAAUCAAUGGGUUCCAUAUUUUUUUUUCGUAAUUAAUAAUAUUUUGUUAUAACUGACAAAAUUGGAAAGAAGUGCUUCUUGCGAGUGGCUCCUUGAAAAUCGCUCGGAUUUCUUCGAAUCUUAGAUUGCUUUGAAUUAGUGAGAAAGAGCUGGUGGUGCAGUGCAAGUGCCGGAAAGUUCGAAAGUUAGUUACCGUGAGUUGGAGCAACAGAAACGGUUUUUGCUGUGCAGUCCUUAAACAAAAAUUCUGUGAAACCCGAAAAUAAAUUAAAUUCCUUUUAAUAUUUGGGAUAAGUUCGUUUGUCCUUAUAAAUAUACAUUUUAAAUAUUUCGAACGAGCCCUUAUUAAUCUGUGGAUUAGUAACAUCAUUUUGGAUUACUUUUUGAAUAUUCAGCCGUUUUGGAUUUACAUUUAUAAAGAUAUUGCUAUUACCUUCAAAUCAACGUCUGUAAACAAUCAAAGAGACUAAACAAGAUACAAAAAUCUACCGCCUUCAGAAAUGAGACGUUGAUCAGACAAGGGAAUUCGUAGACAAUCGUUUAUAAUUUUACUAUUUACACAAAGGAAUAUAAAAAGACUGUAUCGACUGCCUGAAAACGUGGAUAUCCAACCAUAGUUAAUGCUAAAAAAAUCACUACAAAUAUUACAUGAAUUGUUUUGGAUGAAUGUCUUGUCUUAGUUGACACUACAGGAAUAAUAAUAUGAAGAAUGAUACAUCGUAUUGGCAACGACAAUAGUAGGAUAUUGUAGAAUAAUGAAUUAGCAGUCGUGAAAAUCCAUAUAUGGAUGUGAUUUUUCUUCUUUUUGGCAUGAAACAUAGAUAAGGAGAUUCUACAAGACUUCCAGCAACUAAGGCUUCACAAAUGUGUUCAACAAUAAUCAAAAACAAUAAGGAUUUAACCCUAACUCGUAGUAAAUAUGAAUUAAAGCGAAACUACAAUCAAAAAACACAAAUCUAAAUAUCGAAUUGUGUUGAAAAUUUCGAAUGCCAAACAAUCUUUUAAUAAAAAUGAUCAAUAUCUAUCAAUGUACCUUUUCGAAACAUAUACGUCCUGUAAUGAUAUACCAUAGCAAAAAUAAUUUAUUGCUGAUUAAGUGAUACUGAGAAAGAAAAGAUAGAAUUCAAGUGAAACCUUCUGAAAGGACGAAAUCAACACUUAAUCAAGAGAAAGUUAACAAGGAUUAUCACCAAGAGAUUGAGCAAAUGUCAAUAACAACCACGUAAAGUGCCUUUAAUCGCGAUAUCAAUCAACUCAGCGAUACAGCGAACAAGUCUGAAGUAUCACAAGCCUUUUGAUAAUCCUCAGAUUUUUUUGAACGGGAUAGACGAAAAGACUGAAAAGAUAAGAUUUUGUAGCCAAUUGAUUUUAAGAAUCUUGUCUACUUGUUUUACACAACGUGAUAAUCUACAUAUAUAGAGAAAGUAGCUUUUUGGAGGCUCCGAUUAUUUCGAUAACCUCGUUUUAAGUGGACUCAGCAGUAAAUUGCUGGUCAACCAUUUUCACGCAAUUUGAACAGAUUCUCGAUAAACUGGCAUUGGCCACGACCAUUCGUAGUGGCUCUGCCAUUACGGCAAUGCCAUUUAUCGACGAUGCAUUAUUGUGGUGCCCGGAAAACGACGGACGAAUGGUUGAUAUAUCGACUUGCUUACAGGAUGCUGUCACUGCCGGUGCGAGCACAAACCAGAACCAAGAUGUAGCAGGUGGGUCAUGUGAGCUAAACCCACUUGAUCCACUGUGCAACGAUGCCUCGGAUGACAUAUUUCGGCAACUGACUGAAAACUCAUUUGAAUUAGAUAGUUUUUUAUCAGAUUUCACUGCAACUGAAGUGAAGCAAGAAGAAAACAACAACAGCCUAAACAAUUCACAACCGUCAAUAAAUUCAAAUAAUCAGAAUUUUCUUGCCGCACAACAACAAUUGCAUCACCAACAGAAUGCCAAUAGUAAUCUCCUUAUGCCAAGUAUAUCGAAUACGAACACUGCCAAUGGAAGCAAUAGUUUACAGCAAACAAGUGCCGAAAGUGUCCUUUCCGCUCUGGCAGCAUCCGUAUCGGUUGGUUCGCCAAUGUCUCAGCAUCAUCAUCAGAAUCAUCAGUCGAGACAAUUCGCGACGACAAGUCGAUAUUCCAUUGCCAAUCCAUUACUUGCUGAAAAGUUACUAUCACCAAAUAUCAAUGAUCUGGAAAAUCUGAGUAUUGGAAGUAGAACGGGACGACCGCCGGAUAUAAAAGUAGAUACUGAAAUUCCAAUUAUAAAACAGUCAUCAAGUCCGCCACCACCAUCACAUCGAUUACAGCCACACCAACAAACCUCGUUAUCAGCCGUUGCAGCUGCUGCAGCCGCGGCAGCAGCACUUCACAUCAAAACUGAACAUCCAACGUUAACGCAACAGCAACAAACAACACAACAUGGUGGCAAUACAACAGUGAAUCCUAGCAAUCAUUCGCAUCAGCAACAACAAAGUGCAGCUCAACAUCGGCCUCUUUUGCACAAUUUAUUAAGUGGUGCACCAAUCCAUCCAACACCGUAUCACCGGAGUUACUGUACUUCAAGCACAGGAUCUCUACCGCCAAGUCCAGCCGACAGUGGAGUUUCAGAUGUGGAUAGUUCGAGUUCGGGGGGUCAACCAUGUAGUGAUGAAUUGAAAGCUCGUCUUGGCCUGCCACCUCAUUGCCCGUCACAGGGUCAUGUAGCUACGGGACCGUUCUUACAUCCCAAUUUUUACCACAGUUCACCACCCCUGAGAAAUAUAUGGAAUAACCGAAAUGUUGGAUUGACGGACAGCUAUUACCUGCACUCGAUGAGUGGAGCCGGCGGCGGUGGAGGAGGAGGUGGUGGUGGAGGGUACGGAACUUCACCUCAUUUUCCUGCUCCAUCUCCACCACGUUCCAAUGGUCAAACUCACCACGCGCUCCACCACCAUCAUCAUCACCAUCAUUUAACGAACGGCAAUGGUCCCGUUGGCUCAGCAACGGGCCUUCAUCCUCAAAGUGUAAUUCAGGCAGCUACGUCUAGUGUCAAUGAUGAUCUCUCCUAUAUGCUAGAACUCGGUUUCCCGCCCAGGAAACUAAAGAAGCCACGCAAGCCAAAAAUGGAGAUGGGCAUGAAGAGGAAAAGUCGCGAAGGAUCAACAACAUACCUGUGGGAAUUCCUGCUGAAGCUGUUACAGGAUCGUGAAUAUUGUCCACGGUAUAUCAAGUGGACGAAUCGAGAGAAAGGUGUAUUCAAACUGGUCGACUCGAAAGCGGUCUCGAAAUUGUGGGGUAUGCAUAAAAACAAACCCGACAUGAACUACGAGACAAUGGGACGUGCCCUGCGGUAUUACUACCAACGAGGUAUCCUUGCGAAAGUCGAUGGUCAACGAUUGGUCUAUCAAUUUGUCGAUGUUCCCAAAGAUAUUGUUGAAAUCGAUUGCACCGGCGCGUAGAUUUCAGGCAUUUUUGUGCACCGUUACGACUUUUCUUAUAUUAUAUCUCUAUUGUACAAAAUAAACAACAAGGAUCAAUAAUUCAGUACACAUGUCCGCUUCAAUAGAUUGUUAUAUUCAAACUAACACUACGAAAACCAUUGAAAAGCAAGAUUUAAAUACCAACGCAAAUACAAACGCUGUACAUUAUUGAAAAUUGUAAAAAGUGAGAAAAACAUUACUUAGUUUAAAUUUUAAACUAGUUUAUUAGCUAUAAAUUGAUCUAAUUUAUUUUUAAAACAACUGGUUCGGUAGAAGAAAAAAAAAUCUAAAAUGAGGGAAAGCGACAGGAAUAGUUAUUUGGAUUGAUAAUAAAUUCAUAAAGCGCCGUCGUCUGGACUAAACCACUUCAGACUCAUGCACAUUCAAUUAGCAACUUUGUACAUUUUCAAAGACCACCAACUAAGUACCACUGCCCAUUUUUUUAUAUUAUGUAGAGAAUUUGUUAUGCUUUUUCUAUCUAUUCUUCUCCUAGAUAUAAUUAAUAUCUGUGGUCUGUAUUCUGAAUAUAAUUUUUUUGUUUUUUUCACUCCUUUAUCCUUUCCUCGCCACCCAUCCUGAUCUGAAUGCAAUCUCUCUCUUCUCGAAAAAAAGAAGAAUUACUACUUAUUACAGUUAUUGUAAAUUGAUAUUUCUCCUAAGAUCUUGGAUGCAAUGGAUUCACUUUUGCAUUUUGUAUAUUUGUUAUAUUCUUGUUUAAUUUUAUUAUUCAUAAUUUAAGAUUCACUUAGCCCUACGGACAUAUUAUUUUAAUUUGUAAUAAUUUUUCUUGGAGGUUAGCUUUUAACUAAAUUUCAACGUGUAUGGUUUACAUGUACACCUGCGUACUUUUUUUACAUGCAUCUAUAUAAAUAUAAAAGAUAGUUCUGUAAAUCUAAUUUCCUUGUUUUUGCUUCUAAAGUUCAGCAAAUGAAAGUCUACCUGUACAGUUAAAAAUUCAACUUAACCAUGGAACAAGAAUAGCAAAAAGGAUGAAAAUAAUUAAAUGAUAAAUAUUAAUAGAAUCCAGUAGGAAGUAAGUUUGUUUCUACGUUUAUAAUUUCUCCCUAAUGUUCAAUUUUUUUCUUGUUUAUAUUAGUUUGUAUUGUACAUUAUUCUAUAAUUUAAGUGAUAUUUUACGGCGAUAAAUCAAUAUACAAAUUAGAAAAAAAACUACAAAAUAGACAAAAGUCUUAGUUAAUAUUCUUCUCUGAAUAUCAUUCGUCUAUCCUAUUUAGUCCUGUUUCAUUUCUUUUUUCUGUAAUCGACACAAUUUCCUUUGGAAUAAAUGUUUUUCAACCCAUUCAACAGUCGGUUAAGAUAUUUAAAAAGAAAUAAACAAAAAAGUACAAUAUCCAAAUGGAUUUUAAGGGAAACUCAUGACUCGUGAUAAUUUCCAAUUGUCGGAAAAGUCAGAGUAUUUUCACUUUGAUAUUUGUAAAAAUCUAUUUAUUUAAAAAAUUUAUUGAUUUUAUUCCCGAAUGUUAUCCUCUAACCUACAUUAUGGACGGGAUUUAUCUUUUAAAUAUUCUAUACAAAUUUCGAUACUGAAACGAAAUUCAAAUUCAAGUCUAAAAUGUCGAUAACUGCCUUUAGUUUAGGAAUUUUUUUUUAGAAUGAUUUAGGAAAUGUGCGUUUUUGGCAUACGCUAUCUAAAAUACUUUUUAUGAUCUAGUUACUUAUAAAACAAACAAAAAAACUGAGAAUGGAGAAAAAAACUUCAAAAAUCAAUCUGUCUGUAUCUCUUAACUUAACUUACUUUAGUGUCGAUAUUAAAUUGAUUGUGUUUAUAUUAUUUUUAUUAUUAUAUUAUUAUUUGUUUAAGACAAAUUUUUAAAAAAGAAGAAAGAAAUAAUUUUAUUAUUUUUUUUGUUGAUUAAAGAAAUUUAAUUUUAA